CACUCAUUGAACGCCUCGCAGCGCGAAUCGGUGUCGUUGCCGUUAUUAUCAGGUCUCGGAAUCCGAACCCUCAGAACUAACUAACCGGAAAAUAGUGCUAGAAACUUUGCCGGCUCGAUAUGACGGCAAGCAAGCAGCAAGAGGCCGAGGCCGAACACGAUCCCCAAGUGGUGGUCACCCCCGGAGAUGCCUCUCACAGUUCUCGCCAGGAUCGGGGCCUUUGGCGGGAUCUGACGUCCUACUGGAUCCUCGGUCUGUGCAACAACUACGGAUAUGUGGUGAUGCUAAGUGCUGCCCACGAUAUAAUCAAGCAGUUCAAUCCGAAUGAUGAAAGUGAAGAGAGCUCGUCGGGUAGAAAUUGUCACUUGGUAUCCACGGGGGCUAUUUUGCUGGCUGAUGUGCUGCCCUCAUUGUUUGUGAAGAUACUAAUGCCUUUCUUUCCGUUUUGGGUCAAUUUUCGCAUAGCCCUGGCAGUCGCUUUCUCCGCAGCUGGUUUCCUGCUGGUAGGAUUUGCCAAUGCCGAAUGGAUGGCCCUGUUGGGAGUGAUCAUCACCUCAGCCAGCAGUGGAAUCGGAGAGACCACCUUUUUGGCCUAUUCUUCGCGUUACAACAAGAAUGUGAUAUCCACCUGGUCAUCCGGAACUGGUGGUGCCGGAGUCAUUGGUUCCUUGAGCUAUGCCAGUUUGAGAUCUCUGGACUUCAGUCCCAGAGACACUAUGCUGGUCAUGCUGAUCUUCCCCGCGAUCGAGGCUUUCGCUUUUUGGCUGCUGCUGCGUCGUCCGCAGGUUGAUAUCCUGCCAGUUACGACAGUUGAGUCCACGGAAGUCCUGAUCACCGACGAGAAGCCCUUGGUUGGUUUCAAGGAGAAGUUCUUCUACAUCAAGCACCUCUUCAAGUAUAUGUUACCCCUUUGCUUGGUUUACUUCUUCGAGUACUUCAUCAAUCAGGGACUGUUCGAGUUGGUCUACUUCGAGGACAUUUUCCUGGACAAGGACUCGCAGUACCGCUGGCUGAAUGUGGACUACCAAAUCGGAGUCUUCAUCUCUCGUUCCUCGGUCAACGUCUUCCAGCUGGACAAGAUCUGGCUAAUGUCCAUCUUCCAGUUGGUCAACGUCGUCUACUUCCUCACCGAGGUCAUCUGGUGGUACACGCCCAGCAUCUGGAUCGUGUUCGCUAUCGUCCUGUGGGAGGGACUUCUGGGCGGCGGUGCCUACGUGAACACCUUCUAUCGGAUGUCCAAGGAGAUCUCGCCGGAGCGCCAGCAGUUCGCCAUGGCCAUGGUGGUCCAGUCGGAUUCGUAUGGUAUCGCCCUGGCCGGAUUCCUGGCCAUUCCCGUCCACAACGCCAUCUGCGGUCUUCCGGCGGCGGCCAGGAGCCUUGUCUGGUGAUCGCGAUCGGAGCGGGUAUCAGAAACAGGAUCAGGAUCAGGAUCAGAUUAUGCCUUUACUGUGUGCGUGUGUAGCUAAUUAAGCGUGUAUGUCUGUGCGUGUCCCGAUAGUAUUACUCACUGGACCACUGGACUCCCAGGAGCCAGAUAGAUGGUUAUAUAGUUAGUAUCAUUCAGUUUGACUACCCUAUAAGGCUUAGUUUAGUACACAAAAGUAAAGUAAAACAAAUCCUUGUUUUAUCAAAAAUCCA